CUACGCAGUUCUUGCGAUCCAAUACUCAAUACAUUCUUCAGACCCAAACGCGCAGACUUUACGGCGCGUCACCAGAAAUACCGCAAUCAUGGCACCUAAGAAAUCGCAACAGCAGAAGUUGUCGCUCGGCGACUUCUUGAACGACCAGUCGCUCGGCUCUUGGGCCGAUGAGAUGGAGACUGCUCCUCUUCCUGCCUCCACCCCAUACCAAUCCUCUCGCACCAACACUUCUUCCGGUGGCUGGGGCGCCUCUUCCCGUGCCGCUGCCCCUGCCGGCGAUGAUGCCGCUGCCGGUGGUUUCCGUGACCGCACCGCUGGUUACGCCGUCCGCGAGCAGCUCCCUAUGCCCGACAAGCCCCCAUACACCGCCCAUCUCGGCAACCUUUCUUUCGAGGUCACCGAGGCCGAUGUCCGCGACUUCCUCGACGGAUGUGAGGUGACCAGCGUCCGUAUUGUUGAGGACAAGAUGGACCGUAGACCCAAGGGUUUCGGUUACGUCGAGUUCGGUACCGUUGACGGCCUGAAGAAGGCUCUCACACUCAGCGAGACUCAGUUCCAGGGCAGAAACAUCCGUAUCAGCGUCGCCGACCCUCCCAAGGACCGUGAACCCCAGCGCGAACUCAACGACUGGACCCGCAAGGGCCCCCUUCCCGAUCUUCCUGGACAGCGUGACGGCGGCAUGCGCCGUGGUAUGGGCGACAGAGCUGGUAGCUUCAGACAAGGUCCCCCCGAGGGCGUCGACUCCAAGCCCCGCGACUUCGGAAACUGGGAGAGAAAGGGUCCCCUCACCCCCGCCGAGCCCAGACCCCAGGGUGAGCGCAGGGAGUCCAACUUCAACAGAGAACCUAGAGAGCCCAGAGCCGCUCCCCAGUGGGGCGAGGGCGCUGCCGACCGCGCUUCCGGUUCCGGCGACAGACCCCCCAGACCCGAGAGACCUGAGAGACAGCCCACUGCCGCGGACAUGGACGACAAGUGGAGAUCUAGAAUGAAGCCCGACUCACCUGCUGCCUCCCCCGACGCCAGUACCCCUACCUCGCCUCAAGCCCCUGCACAGAGACCCAGACUCAACCUCGCAAAGCGUACCGUUUCCGAGGCACCCGCCAACAACGACGCUGCUGCAUCAUCCAAGGCAUCACCUUUCGGUGCCGCCCGCCCUAUCGACACUUCCGCCAGAGAGCAGGAGAUCGAGGAGAAGCGCAAGCUGGCAAUCCGUGAGAAGAAGGAGGCAGACGACAAGGCCCGCGAGGAGAAGCGUGCCAAGGAGACUGCUGCCAAGGCCGAAAAGGAUGAGAAGAAGGAGGGCGAGGACAAGCAAUACGAGAUCUUGCGCCGCAUGGACGAGGGUGAUGAGGCCGACAAGGAGGGUGUCGACGCUGAUGCUGAGGGCACCAUUGCCGACGACAAGCAAGUGAAGCCCCAGGAGAUCACACGCGAGGUACCGGCCAAGGGCGGUGACUCAUGGAGAAAGACCGAGGAACCUCAGACAACAGCUGAGACCAUGGAGGACGAUGGCUGGAGCACCGUUUCUGCAAAGACUAAGAACUUCAACAGAAGAGGAGGCAACCGCGCCAUGGCCUCGUAAUCGACGAAAGCACAUGAGACCACCCACGCACUACUACUACCUUUUUGGGUUCAAAUAACGGAGUUCUGAGAAGGAGGAAAAAAGCUGCUGCACUCUUACCCCUUGUUUUGUAAUGGCAUCACAACCCACCCCUGCUGCUGGCCCUCUUUUUUGACAUACACACUUUACCACGCAAGAUGGCACGAAAUCUCUUUUUCUUCAAUCACGUUCUUCUCAAAGUACCCCCUCAACGCUCUCCUGCAGCCUCUUUU